GAAGUCCUCCACGGCUCUUGCUUGCAAACUGAGCUCAUGAGUCUCUCUGCAUCAAUGGAUUUGCGUAAACAGCUUUGGAGUGUUUCUUCAUUGUUUGCUUUGCUGUUCAUUAUCGAUUCGCAGGCAAAAAUCACAUGGGAAGUUCCUCGUUUUGACGGCUGGUACAAUAGUUUAGCUUGUCCCAAACGCGGAGGAGUGGGCUCGCACUUCUCUCGUCUCGUGCCUGCGAACUUCCGGGAUGGCGUCUACCAAGUUGAGCAUGAGCCCGAGCUGCCCAAUCCGAGAAGCCUGAGCCGCAUUCUCAGCACUGGCUCAUCCGGGGUGCCUUCCACAAGAAACCACACCGUAUUAACUUUGUUUUUUGGUUACCAUGUUGCAUUUGAAAUAAUGAACUCAAGGACUCCUGGGUGCCCACCUGAAUUUAUGAACAUCCCAGUCCCGAAAGGUGACCCUGCGUUUGACCCGAAUGGCACCGGUAGUGUUCUGCUUCCCUUUAUGAGAGGGUCAUGGGACAAAAGCACAGGACAAAGUCCUGGCAACCCUCGCACACAGAUCAACGCAGUCACAGCUUGGAUUGAUGGCAGUUCUAUCUAUGGCUCCUCCACCUCCUGGUCUGACUCCCUGAGAUGUUUUUCGAAUGGCCUCCUGGCCUCCGGCCUGGAGUGGAACAUGCCGAGACAAGCGACUGGACACACUCUCAUGUGGAGUGCUGCUGACCCCACAACAGGUGAUAACGGACCCCAGGGACUAUAUGAGUUGGGAAAUGCUUGGGCCAACGAGAAUGUGUUCACAGCAGCAGAGGGAAUCAUUUGGUUCCGUUACCACAACUAUUUAGCCUCCAAAAUGAGUAAGGAACACCCGCAGUGGUCGGACGAAGAGUUGUUUCAAAAUGCUAAGAAGAGGGUCGUGGCCACUUUCCAGAAUAUUGCUCUCUACGAAUGGCUGCCUGCUUACCUGGGGGACAGAACUCUUCCUCCUUACUCAAGUUACCAAAAGUUUGUCGAUCCUGCUGUCUCCCCCGAGUUUCAUGCUGCUAUGAGUUUAGUUAUCACAAUGGCUUCCUCUGGUGUUUACAUGAGGAAUCGAAGUUGCCAUUUCAGAGAGAUCAUUAACACGGAUGGCAGUUCAUCUCCAGCCUUGAGGCUUUGCAACAGCUUUUGGAAACGUCAGGAGAUAAAUGUGAACACAAGCCACGAUGUGGAUGAGCUCCUCUUGGGCAUGGUCUCUCAGAUUGCUGAGGAAGUGGACCACAUUGUUGUGGAGGACUUGAGAGACUUCAUGUAUGGGCCGCUUAAAUUCACUCGCACGGAUUUGGUGGCGCAGAUUGUCCAAAGAGGAAGAGAUUUUGGCCUUGGUAGCUACGCGAAGGUCAGGCAGGCUCUGAAUCUGCCUCCAGUAAAGACAUUUCAAGACAUUAAUCCUCAGCUCAACAAGACCAAACCAAAGUUGCUCCAAGAAGUUGCGCAAAUUUAUCACGGCGACAUCUCCAAAUUAGAACUCUUCCCUGGAGGUCUGCUGGAGUCAGUGGGUGGUCCGGGUCCAGUUUUCUCUGCUAUAAUUUUGGACCAGUUUGAACGGAUAAGAAAUGGUGAUCGCUUCUGGUUUGAGAACAAACACAACAGUUUGUUCACAGAUGACGAUAUCCAAAAGAUCCGCAAUGUGACUUUUCGCGACGUCUUGGUUGCAGUCAUGAACGCAGACGAGUCUGACGUACAAAACUGCGUGUUCUUCUGGAAGAGUGGUGAUCCUUGUCCUCAACCCACUCAGCUGACAGCAUCAAUGCUCCAUCCCUGCACUAAUGCCACUAAACUCAAUUACUUUGACGGGAGCAAAGUUGGAUUUGGGAUGUGUAUUAUCGCAUUGUUCCUCUUUCCUGUUGUGAGUUAUCUUGUGGCCUGUACGGUGGCGUAUCAGCGAAAGUACUGCUACAGAAAGUUCCAGAAAAGAGGGAAUCCUAUUAGAAGAACUGAGCCUCCAAGUUCGGGAUUUGCUGCCUAUGAGUGGCAGAACUAUAAAAAGCCUUUGCAUCCGGUCAGCAUAGAGGUUUUCGAGGAGAGGAACCUGCAAAUACGGGACAGAUCUGGAGCCACUCUUCGCUGCUUAAAUCUGAACAGACAGCAGUGCCUUGAUGUUCUCAUCUCCAAUGACCACCACCAGAAAGUUCUCCUUCUCAAAGUGCCCAAAGAAUAUGACCUGGUACUGUUUUUCGAUGACCAGGGUAAACGUGCUGCAUUCCUCAAGUGUCUGCACCCUGAGGUGAUUGAAAACAGGCUUGGGAUUAGAUUAAGGGAGAUGUGCGAGAAGGAGCUACUGAAGGAGGCGUUAACAGGAGAGCAAAGGGCACAAAUUGUGGAAACAUUCAUCCGACACGCUUUCGCUAAGGUAUUGGAAAUAGAGCAGUGCGAUGCUGGGGAUAUAAGCAGUGUUUCCUGUAAGAAAGCCAGAGAAGUUCUGCAGUGCGAGUUGACAGCUGCAGAGUUUGCUGAUGCCCUGGGCCUCAAGCAUGAUUCCUUAUUUGUGAACUCCAUGUUCACCCUAGCUGAUAAAGACGGGAAUGGCUACCUCUCCUUUCAGGAGUUUCUUGAUGUUAUUGUCAUUUUUAUGAAUGGAACUCCUGAGGAUAAAUCCAAGUUGAUGUUCUCCAUGAACGAUAUCGGCGGAACGGGUUAUUUGUCAAAAGAAGAAUUUGCCAGGAUGCUCAGAUCGUUUAUUGAAAUCUCCAAUGGUGCCCUGUCAAAAUGCCAGACUGACGAUGCCAUCAGAGCCACCAUGCAGGCCGCCGGCUUUGACGACAAAGAGAAUAUUACAUGGGAAGACUUCCAUUUCCUGCUGCGGGAUCAUGAGAGUGUGCUACAGUUUGCCCAGCUAAAUGUUAAAGGGGUGGAGAAUCGAAGAAAGAAUGUGCUUAAUCGAGACCAGAGAGUUUCCUUUAUCUGCCCCGUGAAAAGCAGUGACAACGCUGAUGGACUGGAUUUGCGGCGACGGAAAAAGUCUGACCUAAAUUCUCCCAAUGUAUACGUGAAGCCCAAGCGUGACCCCUAUAUAAGAAGCCCCGUCCGGCAGAAGAUCCAACAGUUCAAACGAUUCAUCGAGAACUACCGCCGGCAUAUUGUCUGCGUCAUCGUGGUUUAUGGCAUUACAGCUGGGGUGGCGCUUGAGAGAUGUUACUACUACAGUUUGCAGGCUACGUCUACGGGCAUGCCCGAAACCUCGGCGGUGGGCGUGGUGGUGUCCCGUGGUUCGGCUGCUGCCAUUUCGUUUCUGUUUCCCUACAUGCUCCUCACUGUGUGUCGCAACCUCAUCACCAUGUGCAGAGAGACAUUCCUCAACAGAUACGUCCCCUUCGACGCCGCCAUCGAUCUUCAUCGCUCCAUGGCCGCGACUGCUGUCGUCCUUGCAGUUGUUCACAGCUUGGGCCAUGUUGUCAACAUCUACAUCUUCUCCAUCAGUGACCUCAACAUCCUCGCUUGUUUGUUCCCCAAGGUUUUAAAUAACAAUGGGUCUGAACUUCCUCUCAAGUGGUCAUGGUGGUUUUUUCAAACCGUUCCAGGGCUCACCGGAGUGCUGCUUCUCUUCACUUUGUCGUUUAUUUACGUUUUCGCCUCCCGUUAUUUUCGCCGUGUCAGUUUCAGAGGGUUCUGGAUCAGUCAUUACCUUUAUGUCGUUGUCUAUAUUUUGACGAUCAUUCAUGGCAGUUUCGGUCUCCUUCAAGAACCGCGUUUCUACAUCUUCCUCAUCCCACCUGCGUUGCUCUUCCUGUUGGACAAACUAAUCAGUCUAAGCAGGAAGAAGGUGGAAAUUCCUGUAAUCAAAGCAGAGCUGCUGCCUUCAGGCGUAACUCAUCUGGAGUUCAAGCGACCACAAGGCUUUGUGUAUCGUUCGGGCCAGUGGGUCCGUAUUGCGUGCCUGAUGUUGGGCACGGAUGAGUACCACCCGUUCACGCUUACAUCAGCCCCUCACGAGGAGACCCUCAGCCUGCACAUAAGGGCUGUGGGACCCUGGACCAGCCAGCUCAGAGAACUGUACAGUGGAGAAAGUCGGACUGAGCUUGGUGCUUAUCCAAAGCUGUACCUGGAUGGCCCAUUCGGCGAGGGACACCAGGAAUGGACUGACUUUGAGGUUUCCGUUUUGGUAGGAGGAGGCAUCGGCGUCACACCAUUUGCCUCCAUCCUCAAAGAUCUGGUGUUCAAAUCCUCCAUCAAAUCCAAGAUUCAGUGUCAAAAGGUGUACUUCAUCUGGGUGACGCGGACGCAGCAUCAGUUUGAGUGGGUCUCAGACAUCAUCAGGGAGGUGGAGGAGAUGGACACAUUGGAGCUGGUGUCAGUUCACACUUACAUCACACAGGUGGCCCAGAAGUUUGACCUCCGCACCACAAUGUUGUACGUAUGCGAGCGUCACUUCCAGAAGGUUUGGAACCGCAGUCUGUUUACCGGCCUGAAAUCAGUCACCCAUUUUGGCAGGCCACCCUUUGUGUCCUUUUUCAGCUCACUGCAGGAGGUUCAUCCACAGGUGUCGAAAAUUGGUGUGUUUAGCUGUGGACCGCCAGGACUGACCAAGAAUGUGGAGAAAGCUUGUCAGCACAUGAACAAGAGAGACCAGGCACUGUUUAUGCAUCACUAUGAGAACUUUUAAAUUCAGUAUUUAUGUUCAUGAUGUAUUCGUGGUAUGUUUUGCGAUAAAAACUACAAGUGUUUUUGCAUUUGGUCAAUACAUUGACAAAGCUCUUUUACAGUGCAAUAUUGUGUCUGUCACGCCUGAGUGAGGGUUGUCAUGUCUUGGUAUAUUUUCUUCCUGCUUUAUUUUGAAGCCUGACCCUCCUGUUUCCACCACUCACCCUUCCUGUUGUCUCACCUGUCUCUGAUUAUGAUUACCUAUUGUUCCCACCUGUGCUCCAUUCCUCAUGGGCUUAAAUUGUUUGUCACUCCCUAGUCUCGUGCCAAAGUGUCUUCACCCUUCGUUGCUAUCAAAGCCAGACCAUAGCCAAGAUAUUCUAAGUUGUAAGUUGUUCAUAGUAUUUUGCCAUUGCUCUUUGUUAUUUUGUGCCUCAUGCAUAGCCCUUUGUUGUAGUUGAAAACUCCAGUGCAUUUUGCCUGGCUCUCUUGUUUCUCGUUUGUAUCAUUUUAUUUCAAAGCUCGUUAUUUCCUCCUUCUGGAGCGCCCCAGUUUGUUCCUACUUCUUAUUGUUUGUGUUAAAUAAAAGACUGAAUUCUGCACAUGAGUCCACUCCAGUCCGUCCAAGUGUGACUGUGUCAAAUUACAGUAUGUAAACUGAAAGCCUGCCAUCUGUCUGCUUCCUUUUAAAAAUCUGUACCAAAACAUCAAGUUGUUUUCACUU